AUGUCUGGCAAAAUCUUCAAAUGUCCUGUUUGCAAGGAUCAGUUCACCUCUCGCUCCAGCAGAGGCUUACGCUCGCACCUGUCAGCAACCUCAUGUGGUCAUAUACUCGAUGAGCGGAAUGCUCCAGUCACUGGCAAAAGAAAGAAGCCACAGUCAGCUACAAAACAGGCUGAAGAGCAUACCACAUCACCAUCUCUUUCAAUUCCUGAGGAGCCUACCUUUCCGCCCGAUCCACCCUCACCUGCAUCUGAUUUUGCACCAUCAGAGAUGGCCUCACCAUCAAAGCGAUGCCGAGUCACUAUUGAAGACGUCGAGGAUGAAGGUGAUACCCCACCAUCUUCUUGGAGUCAUGACAGCCUUGUCUUUGUGGAUUAUCCCGAUGCUGGCGCUGAGAUUGAAGGUGCUGGAAAGGGUGAAACUACGUUUGAAAGAAUUAAGAAAGAGAAGCAGAAGCAAGGAGAAGAGAUGUGGGCGCCUUUUAAAUCCUGUGAGGAAUGGGAGCUUGCACGAUGGCUGAUGAUGUCCGGGGUUAGCCAAGCAGAUAUAGACAGGUUCGCAAAGCUGGGAGUGAUCCGAGACAAUGUCAAACCAUCAUUUAAGGACAAGCGCACCUUUCUGACUAAGAUAGAUGAGUUGCCAUCUGCAUUGGGUACUGAGUGGAAAUGCGAGGAAUUUGAACUAGUUGGAAAUGUACUCGAUAAGGAUGGGACUCCCAUCGUGCAGACCAUCGAGUUGUGGAAGCGUGAUCCACUUGCAUGCAUCAAGGAGCUCAUGCAGGAUCCCUGA